AUGGACAUGCGCGAGCUGCGUCGCUCAGCGUGCAUGCGUGAGCUGCGCAGCUCAUCUUGUAAUUUUGAAUUCUGUAUUUUUUACUUUUUCUGUAUUUCAGUAAAUUCCUUGCUUUGCCCAGUGUGCCAUUCUAAUAGAGAUACAUGUGAAUAUUAUCCAGUGCACUGUGAAGGUGAUGAAACCAUGUGCCUAACAGAGAAAAUAUGGACCAUUACUGAAAAAGAAAUUGAAUUUGAAUUUAUAAGAAGAUGUGGAAAGCCUGCCGAGUGCAGCCGAGUUGGUACUUACAGCAGCAACAUCAGAAAGUUUGCAGUCAGUACCACCUGUUGUAACUCCAGCUUGUGCCUUUCUCCAGUCCCCACGUUUCCCAGCCAAACCGCCAAUAAAAAUGGACUGACCUGUCCAUCAUGCUAUAUAGAAAACUCUAAUCGAUGUUUUGGAAAAGACCCGUUGGAAUGUGUUGGAAAUGAGAGCAACUGCAUCAAUUACGUAAAGCAGGAAAUCUAUGAAAAUACUGUGACAUUUCAGUCUUUAUAUGGAUGUGCCACAGACAGUAUCUGCAGCGUUGGAUCAUCAACGAAAAAAUUCUUGUAUUUGGUAAAUGACAGUUUCAAAACUGUAACAAUGGAUAUGACGUGCAGCAGCAGUAUGGGACUGAUCGCUCCCUUCCACUUCUACUUGGUUUUUAUAUUAUUAGGUCUAAGGACAAUAAAGUUUAUCGUAUAA